CAGAGGGGAGGGAAGAAGGGAGGAGGGAGUCCGAGCUCUGAGAAACAUCACUCCAUCUCUCUCACUCCACAGGAGCUGAGCAAGGAGCAGGACGAUGUUUGACAACACGCAGUACCCCUAUAACUGCUUUAAUUAUGAUGGGGAUGAUUAUCCUACCUGUAGUUCUGACGAAGAGAAAAAAUUCACCAGACCGGCGUACAGCUACAUUGCCUUAAUUGCAAUGGCCAUCCAGCAAAGUCCUUCAAAUAAAGUCACCCUCUCUGGCAUUUAUGACUUUAUAAUGAAGAAAUUUCCUUACUACAGAUCAAAUCAAAGAGCCUGGCAGAACUCCAUCCGACAUAACUUAUCACUUAACAGUUGUUUUGUAAAGGUUCCCAGAACAGAAGGGAAUGAGAAGGGGAAAGGAAACUAUUGGAGCUUUGCAACAGGAUGCGAAUCCAUGCUGGAUCUCUUUGAAAAUGGGAAUUACAGGCGAAGACGGAGGAGGAGGAACAUGAAAAGGGAACAUAAGGAGCAGAGACCAAGCAGAGUGAAAAGUCCUUCAUCCCCCAAUAUCUCUUCUGUGGACUCUGCUUUGAACAACAUUUCCUCUUCUGAAAGUAAACAUGAAAGAAUUGAAUCGGGCCCAAAACUUCUGGAGCCUUGUGGGUUUGCUCCAAACAGCAUGACCACCAGGCAGAGCCUAAACAAUUCCUCCUUAGCAAAAUCGGAUUCUGAAAUUAAGUUUAGCAUCGAUUACAUCCUCUCAGCCCCUGACCCUUUGCCUGUCCUGAGAUCUCAAUAUAACGUGCAGGAAAAUAAAUAUCAUCUACUGGAGCCUCAGCACAUUAAUCUGCAGUUCUGGACAAUGUGAUGUUAUUUAUUCGUGGUAACAGAGUCUGAGUCGCAGUUUGUUCAGCAGCCUCAUGUCACUGAAAAUCAGCCGCCUGCCUCCUCGGUUUCCUCUCGAGCAGUACUCACAAAGGGUUACUGACUCACCAGCUGAUGUUCUGUCUGUACCCAAAGAACUUUGCUAAGAUUAAAACAUAAAUAACAGUUACCAAUAUUGGGUUUCACUGCAUUGAAAUUUAUGAAAUUCCAGCUUUAUUUUCUAAACUGUCUUGGACAUCAUUUACCAUGACAGAGAAUUUCCUUUCUCGAGCAGAAUCCGACAGAGAAGAGACUUGCUUAUCACCCGUUGCUUUAUUAAGGACAAAGUGAAUUUGAUCCAACUCUCAGUGGUGGAAAUUAGGAUUAACUCCACUGAAGUAUAUAGGUCAGAACUUAAGCUGAUCUAAAAUGGUGUAAUUCUGUCGACUUACACAGGCUGGGAAUGUGGGGGGUGGUGGGAAUUUGUUUUCUUAAAAGGAAUCACAGAAAAUCACUCUGUCUUCCCUUAUUUUUUCUUUUAACAUCAAGUUCCAAACUGUUUUGCAGCUUUAAUUCAUAAUUCAUUAGAAAAUGUAGUUAUUAAUAAGUGCUUAAAAAUUUUUUUUUGUUUCUGUUCAAGGCGGAAUUGUUUAAAUUGUUGAAGUGAAGUUGAAUUCAAAAUAAUUCCAAGAGAGCUAAUUGCAAGUCUGCUGCUGGUAGACUUUGACAGGUAAUGUAACAGAGGCAUAGAGGCUCUCAAUGCCUUGGUUAAA